UAGCGCCGCGCCGGUGUUCGUCUCAAGCAAAAUUAUUCUUCAGUUUAUUGAUGUUUGCCAACGAGUUAACAAGUUGAUUUCGAACGUGAGACGAAAGUAAAAGUCUUGGGUGACAAAUACAAACGUAAUUUUACGGUUCCGGUUUACUUUGCAAGUAAUAAACAACGCUUUUGAGUGUGAAAAAAGGGUUUGCAAAAAUAGUUAAAGCUACUUAGUGCCAAAAAACAAUAAACAAAAUUUCAAAAAAUAUAAAAUAUAAAAUUUUCUUCUGUGGACUUUUCAAAACAAAAGGUCAUUUUGAAAAUGAGCACCUGGUAUUCAAAUAUUAUGCCCGCCUGGAUGAAUCGCUGGAUAAGUCCAUCACGCCCAGUGAAUCCUUAUCGCGCAAUACGCCCGGCGAAUGAAAACGCUCCCGAAGCUGAUGCCAUACUCACAGUACAGAAUGCCGACCUCUGCCUGGCAGAGAAUAAUGACGAACACAAAACAGAUCAUUUCUUUGCCGCCAAAGAAUCUUUAAUUGUGCGACGCGGUGAUCCAUUUCGAUUGCGCAUUCAAUUCAAUCGGUCAUUCAAUCCUACGCGCGAUGCAAUCAGUUUCAUAUUCACUGUUGCUGAUGAGCAAAAACCCACUCCUGGCCACGGCACAUUGGUGGGACUGGUGCCACGCGAUGGUAUUGAUUACCUCGGUGAUCCGCUUGAGUGGGCUGCGGGCAUUGAGUCGCACGAAGACACCGUACUUACGGUGCUCAUCAAACCUGCCGUCACUUGUCCGGUAACCGAAUGGAAAUUGGAUAUCGAUACGAAAAUGCUAAACAAUGGCUCAAAGACCUUUUCCAUACCAGUACCCAUCUAUAUACUCUUCAAUCCGUGGUGCCCGGAUGAUCAGGUCUAUAUGGCCGAUCACGAUCAACGCAAAGAAUAUGUCAUGCACGACACGACACUCAUCUGGCGCGGCUCGUAUAAUCGUAUGCGUCCUUCAGUAUGGAAAUUGGGCCAAUUCGAACGUCACGUGUUGGAGUGUUCUAUAAAAUUGAUUGGCACAGUUGGGCGCAUACCUGCAGCCUUUCGCGGUGAUCCAGUGCGUGUGGCACGUGCGCUAUCGGCCGCCGUGAACUCAGUGGACGAUGAUGGUCUGAUACUUGGCAAUUGGAGUGAAGACUUUUCGGGCGGCACUGCGCCGACCAAAUGGAUUGGUUCCACUGAAAUAUUGCAACAGUUCUAUAAAACGCAAAAACCAGUGAAAUAUGGGCAAUGUUGGAAUUUCUCUGGAGCCCUAACAACCAUUGCACGCACACUCGGCAUACCAUCGCGUAUUGUUACUUGUUACUCGGCGGCACACGAUACACAGGGUUCGCUUACGGUGGACAUAUUUAUUGAUCAGUCCAAUAAGAAGUUGGACGCGGAAACCACGGACUCAAUAUGGAAUUAUCACGUUUGGAAUGAAGUGUGGAUGCAACGUCCAGACUUAGGUAUUGGACCAUAUGGCGCAUACGGCGGUUGGCAAGCAGUGGAUGCUACGCCGCAAGAGCCUUCCGACAGUAUGUACCGUGUGGGGCCAGCGUCUGUGGUGGCGGUGAAGAAUGGUGAAAUACUUCGUCCGUUCGACUGCGGAUUCGUCUAUUCGGAAGUGAAUGCAGACAAAGUCUAUUGGCGUUACAACGGCCCAUAUCAACCCAUUAAGUUGUUGCGUAAGGACACAUUGGCAAUUGGACAUUUGAUUAGUACAAAGGCGGUGCUGAAAUGGGAACGCGAAGACAUUACACAUACAUACAAAUAUGAAGAGAAGACUGACGAGGAGCGGAAUACUAUGUUGAAGGCGUUGAAGCAAUCGCGUAACGCAUUCAGUCGGUACUACUUGAACGACAGUUUCAAUGAGGUGGAGUUUGAGAUGUCGUUGAAGGAUGACAUCAAGAUCGGCGAGAGCUUUGCGGUAAUUGUUAAAAUUACUAACAAAUCCAAGAAAAAUACGCAUGUGGCAAGUGGACAAUUGAAUUGCGACUCAGUGUUAUACACGGGCGUCAAUGGCGAGGAGGUUAAGUCGAUGCCGUUCGAGGUAGAAUUGAAGCCAGAAUUAUCUGAAUUUGUGCGCAUGGAAGUGCAAUUUGAAGAAUACUUUAAGAAACUAGCUUCGCAGGCAGCCUUCAACAUUUCCUGUGCCGCUAAAAUAAGGGGUACCGAAUAUGAAUACUACGCACAAGAUGACUUCCGAGUACGCAAACCGGAUAUUAAAUUUACAUUCCAAGGAAAAAUUGUGUCGCAACAGCCAGUUGAUGUGAUUGUGAGGCUAACAAAUCCUCUGCCCAUACCACUUAGAAAGGGUAUGUUCUACAUCGAAGGACCCGGUAUUGAGAAGGCAUUGAGAUUUAAGAUCGCCGAGAUCCCAGUCGGUGGCACAGCUGCCUCGACUUUCAAAUAUGUGCCCCCCUAUGCGGGACGUGGUACACUUCUUGCCAAAUUCAAUUGCAAGGAACUCGAUGAUGUGGACGGGUACAUGCAUUAUGAGAUUGAGCCACGACCGGAGGAUAUUAUUAACAAUGGCACAAAUCGAUCGCACAACAUCAUACGACGCAGAACCGAUGUUAUAGCAUGAGAAGGAUUUUACAGGGAAACUUUUAGCCCCAUUAAAUAUAGAAAUGUAUCAAUAUAUAUGUAAAUAAAAACAUAGGAAAACACACAUACAUACAUACACAUUAGUUUUUUACAAAGAUAAAGAAAUCUCUCAAGUUGCUCGUAACAAAUAUUUUUAAAGACCACUUUGUGUGAAUUUUCAUAUGUACUUUACAGUAACUCCAUUUUCUAUAGCAACAAAAACAAACGCCAAACAUACUUGCUGAAAUAUUAUGCCAAUACAUACAUAUGUACAUGUAAUCUUUUCGAAGGUGUGCUGGUUCUAUAUUAUAUUUAUUAUUUUAAUUUAUAUUCAAAGAAAUCAAAGUGCCUUUUGUAUAAUUUUAGUUGUAUUUUUAAUAUAAUAUAUAAGCGUAAAAAUUAUAGAAAAAAAUAAC